UCUGAAGGAAUUUAGCAUCACGAUGGAAAGAGUCCAGAUCUCACAGCCGGAUCCACAGAUGAGUUCUGGAGCUUUGAUUCAUGCGUCACAUUACUUGAGUGACUUGCGGUUCAGAGUCUGGAGGAAGAUGCAGGAAACUCUCCAACACACUCCAUUGACUCUAGAUCCAAACACAGCACAUCCUCGGCUCACACUCUCUUCUGAUUUGACCAGUGUGUCGGACAGCGAUUUACGUCAAAAUCAUCCUGCUAAUCCAGAGAGGUUUGACAAGUAUCUAUGUGUUCUGGGUUCUGAGGGCUUUAACUCAGGAACACACUGCUGGGAUGUGGAGGUUGGAGACAAUACUAACUGGAGUGUUGGAAUAACCACAGCAUCAAACCAAAGGAAGGGAGCGGUUUUCUUUAAGUCUAAUGUCUGGCUUAUGCGGUAUAUGAACAGCAAAUACAGCUCACAAUCCCCAGCGCAACCUUUGACUCUCUUCACAGUUAAAGAGAAGCUGCAGCAUGUGAGAGUUCAGCUGGACUGUGACGGAGGAAAUGUGUCCUUCUCUGAUCCUCUAACUAACAUCUGUCUCUGCUCAUUCACAUCAACCUUCACAGAGACUGUCUUUCCAUUCUUAUAUAAUCGCUGCACAACAUCCCCUCUGAGGAUCUUACCAGUUAAACUGAUCGUAACAACAGAAAAUCACAGUUAAAUCUCAUUCUGCUUUUAGAUCAAUUAAGGUACAAGAAUUUGUUGUUUUCAUUGUUUUGCAUUUUAUGGUUAUUAUGGUAACUAAUGGAUAUUAAACAGCACAUAUCUGAAUAUAUAUGAAAUUAUAUUUUUAGGCAAAAAUACCCAAACAAACAGAAGUAGCAAUAGAUAAUUUUUUUCCUUCAGUAUAUUGACCUGCCCUGCGCUACAUUUUUUCAUUGUAUUAUCAAAAAAGAAAAAAUGUAAGGCAGGUCUUGGUUCUAUUCAGCUGUUGUUGACUGGAUUUUGAUUGAUUUUUGGAUUUGAUUGAUUGUGAUUGGUGUUACACUCAAAUAUGAAUGUGAUUGUAGCGUAGGGGAGACAACUGAGUAGAGGAUCCAAACAGAAUCAGAUCACAAGCCCGGCUCCAACACACCUGCCUGUAAUGUUCCAGUAAAGCUGA